AUGAUGCAGCAGUCUCAAGAGAAUAGUAUGGUCAACAGUAUCAAAAGCCGAGGAAAAGUCAAGAGCAAGAAGAAGAAAAAUUCUUUAAGUAAAUUAGAAGGAAGUAGAUCUAGAGAACAGGUUGUAGACGACAUAGAAUUAAUAAUUUUAGUUAGUUCUAAAAGAUUUAUUGAAGUAAAUACAGAAAAAGAUUCAGUAGACAAGCAGGAUGCAUUCAUCAAACAACUCCUGCCAUCCACCGUCAGCCUUUCACGAAUCAAACUGAAAAUAUUUGGCAACAGUGGCGUGGGCAAGUCCCUUCUUAUAAAUUCACUCAAGUGUGGAUUUUUUGGCAGUCUGUUCAAGAAGACAGUUCCUGCAAUUGCUUCCUUAGCAAACAUCCAACAACAGUGUCUCCAACACCAACAACAACUACAACAUUCUUUGUCAUCGGAUCAGCACGGUCAAUUAAACAGCACACUAGUCAAAAAGAAGAAGCUUUCCAUACCUCUCUCCACCUUCCACCUUCCAGUGCAUGAGCACUAUACGAAAGGGAUUGAUGUUCAAACGUCUUCACUUUCAGGUGGUGUUGGUGAGAUGAGCAUUUGGGAGUUUUCAGGAUACGAAUCAUAUUUCCAGUUUUAUGAUAUUUUUAUUGGUGAUGUUAAUUGCGUGCACGUGGUUUGUUUCAACCCAUUUCAACCGUACCAGCAACAAGUUCAACAAAUUAAUUUCUGGUUGAAUUUCAUCAAAUCUAGAAUUCCUCCCUCUGAUAUCAUUGGUACAGAAGGUAAGUUGCCCAUACGAGCCAAAGUUUUUCUCAUUGAUCCAUCUUACCCAAUGUCCUCCCAAAUUAAAGGUUUAAGAUCAUGUAUUGCCCAUUUAAAAGGACACAUUUGCAAGACUCUGCCAUCUGGCGGUGGAUUUCUCGAUGCCACUAUUCAGUCCUUGCCGGCCUGGAGACGAGUGCUUGCUGGCUAUCCUGUCGUUUCCUGGUCUAAUUUUGUUCAUUAUAUAAGAUCGACAGUAAAUUUGUUAGCAAGUGAGGAGCAUUUAAAAGAACUUAUAUACAAACUUCAAGUCAUGGGGGAGGUUACCUUUGUGGAAACAGAUAAUUCUGAUGAAGAGGACUCGGUGGUACUAAACAUCAAAUGGUUGUGCGCAGAUGUCCUGGGCAAAUUGCUCAGUAGUGCUAUCACAACAACCUGUCGACCAACUGGUUGUUUUGGUCUUGAAGAUUUUCAGUUGUUGUUUCCCGAUUACGAAGCAGCUGAACUCUUGCAGUUACUUCAACAUUUAGGAUUGUGUACGAGAUGUGAAUUGGGAGAUGAUGAUGAUAUUGGUUAUAAAUGUAAUUUUGAACAUAAAAAUAAAUUAAAUCAGAAAACUUCUGACUGCAAAAGUAUAUCAGAUGGUAAAGAAAUAAUAGAAGAUGUUGAGGAAGAUUAUUAUGGAGUUGAAUAUGAACUUCCUUGUUUGAAUUUUUUAGAAACUUUAAAUGGAUUAUGGGAUAGAAAUGACCCUUACCAAGCUGUAAAUACGGUAUAUGGUGGAUGUAGAUAUAUUUUGUUUUGUCAGUUUUGCCAUUCGUUUAAGCUGAACGCUGUCAGUGGAAGUAAUUCCUCUACCCCAUCCAUCGAACACAAAUCCAGCUUACAUCAUACGCGAGUCAAUCGAUCUCUUUCAGACAGCGUGGGUGAAUCUUCUCUGGGAUCCAUGCAUGUUACUUUCAGCACGACAUCUUCUCUAUCACCGCAACGACCAGCAUCUACCUUAUUACCAGUUCAUCGUUUACCAUCUCUAGAUGAUAGCGGUUUGUGUUGUCGCAACAACAAUCAGUUCGGUCAUUUAUUUACUCGAUUACAAACGAACCUUAGAAGACAUUACAUGCGGGAACGGAAUCAGUUUGAUGUUGAUUUAUAUCAGUGGUUUAGAGGGUCUAAGUAUUGUAAAGGUGAUUUAGAAGUGAUGAUCACUUUUGAAAACAAACAUUGUGUUUAUUGUCACUCUGGAUCACUUCCAAAUACUUUGAAUAAUCAAAUGGGUGGAUUUGUAUCGACAGGUUCAUGCUUCUGCUGUCAAGGAGCAAUUGAAAUCAAAUGUAGAGGACCGUCUGAUAUGGCAGAGCAGUUGUUUGAAUUUUCCGAAAGUAUUAAGCGGGUGUUUAGACGGACCAUCGGCAUGUGUUGUCCAUCGCUAGACUACAGGGUUGAAAUACUUAGCAGUAACCAUCUAUCUGAUCAUCGACUUUACGUUAAAUCUUUUACACAACGAGAAAUAUUAGAAGCAUAUCAAACCUCAGGCAUAGAUGGCGUUGUUUGCUUUCAAGAAAAUGAUGAAUCUGAAAGUGUUGAGUCUUUGUUAGAUUUAAUUGCUUUUGGGAGUUCGGAUGUGGGAGAUUGUUUAGUUUUUGGCACAAACCUCCAGGUCUCUACUUUACUAAUAAAUGUUAAAAGAAAAUUAGCGGCUUGUCUCGAUCCAAGUCAUCAUAACGGAUGUGAUUGGUGUAUGCUGGCUAUACUUUUGGGCUUAUCAGAUAAACUCCCAAUAUUUGAUACUAUGGCAGAGCAGAUUGGAAACGUUCCAGUCAGUAAGACAUGUCGCAUUUUGACUCUCUGGUCUGGCAUGGAAUCCUCUAAUGUAACCAACACAUCCAUUAAGGUUUUGGCCGAUAGGUUAACCGAACUAGGAAGGCCUGAUGCUGUGGAUAUUCUGUUAAACUUAGGAAUUAUGUAUAGAAAAGUUCAUAUAGAUCAGAAUGAAAUAGGAAGAGUUGAGGAUAAAUUUGAAGGUGAUCCCAUCUUAUCAUCAGAAAACGACGAUGUUCGCGAAGAGAAAACUGAUCAUGAUGAAAACAUUAACAAUGAAGACGAACGUCUCAAAAAUAAUUCUAGCAGCCCUCAUGUCAGUGAAAAAGUUGAUCAAGAAAUCAUUACAGACCGUGCGGAGCUUGAUAUGAACUGCUACGACGAUCAAAUCGAUGAUGACAUUAACUUUUUUGACGAUGAUAUUAACGUGAGUUAUCGAGAUGACGAUUACAGUCAGAGUUACAGCAAUGCAGUUAAACCUUUGCCGCUUAGCAGUGAAGGCAUUUAUCUGGAUGACGAGGAAGAAGAAAAUAAAGAAUCCAACGAUUUCAUCAGCAGUCGUGUUGCUGAAUGCGAUAACGUCGCCAACAGUAAUGUUGAAUCUGUAGGUGGGACUAAUAAAGUAAACGGACUUAAAAAUGAUUUGAUUUUAGAUGAUUUAAAACAUUAUAGUUCUCAACUUCAUGCGUCAGUAUCAUUAACCACCAAACCUGAAAUUAGUUGA